GCCCGCCUCCAGCCGCCGGGAACCGGGAGGAUGCAGACGCCAGGGCCAGCGAUGAGGAUGGAGGCCCGGGAGGCUGUGCCGCCGGCGGGGGCGGGCGGCCGCGCUGCUGGCGGCUGGAGCAAGUGGGUGCGGCUCAACGUGGGGGGCACGGUGUUCCUGACCACCCGGCAGACGCUGUGCCGGGAGCAGAAGUCCUUCCUCAGCCGCCUGUGCCAGGGCGAAGAGCUGCAGUCGGACCGGGAUGAGACCGGGGCCUACCUCAUCGACCGCGAUCCCACCUACUUCGGGCCCAUCCUGAACUUCCUCCGUCAUGGCAAACUGGUGCUGGACAAGGACAUGGCUGAGGAGGGGGUCCUGGAGGAAGCAGAGUUCUACAACAUCGGCCCGCUGAUCCGCAUCAUCAAAGACCGGAUGGAGGAGAAGGACUACACUGUCACCCAGGUCCCCCCCAAGCACGUGUACCGCGUGCUGCAGUGCCAGGAGGAAGAGCUCACGCAGAUGGUCUCCACCAUGUCUGACGGCUGGCGCUUUGAGCAGCUGGUGAACAUCGGCUCCUCCUACAACUACGGCAGCGAGGACCAGGCAGAGUUCCUGUGCGUGGUGUCCAAGGAGCUCCACAGCUCCCCGCAUGGGCUGAGCUCCGAGUCCAGCCGCAAAACCAAGAGCGCGGAGGAGCAGCUGGAGGAGGAGCAGCAGCAGGAGGAGGAGGAGGUGGAGGUGGAACAGGUGCAGGUGGAGGCAGAUACACAGGAGACAGGUUCCUGCCCGCACCCCCUCAGACCUGAGGCUGCGCUUGCAGUGAGGGCCUCUUCCCGGCCCCUCGCCCGCCCCCAGAGCUGCCAUCCCUGGUUUGUAGCUUGGCGGAGCUGGAGGGAGGGGCGGAAGCCAGGAGGGUGCUCGUCUCUUGUUCCUUGGACUUGGGCCAGACUCUCGGCUGAUUUUCCUCGCCUCCCCAAUUCCUCAGCCUAUCUGAGCCUUUUGGGUACGAGGCUCUGAGAGAAGAAAGGGGGCAGAAACUCUCCCACCUGCCCAUCGGCGCCAGAGCCAGGCUGGGAAGGAGAAAAGGGGAGUGGGCCGGGUGCCUUGGCCUUCCCCCUGCGCGUAGGAGCUCCUGCAUCCCAGCCUCGUGGCGCUGGGUUCUGUCCCUGCGGGGUGGGAAGGACAGGCCACACCUUGGAUUCCCCCAGCCUAUGAGGAGAGGGGUCCGCCAGAACUGGCCAAGCAUCGGGGUGUGGCAGAAAAAGUCCUGGCCAGGUGCUCACAAGCCCCGACUCGAUCUUGUUAUGUGACCUCGGGCAAGUUAACUGUCCCUUUCUAAAAUGUAAGUUGUCUCUCAGAUGGGAACAGGUAGCUGCUCUCUGUGACCUGCCUCUCUUGGCCUUGAUUCCCCUGCCAGAGUCUUGGCAGAACCCGGCCUCCUAGGCGGCCACCACCCAGCCCAGGAUGGGGCACGGGGCUCCCGAGCAGGCGAGCUGGGGCCCCUUCCUGCUCCCCGUCCUCCUGGGCUCUGAAUCUACCUUCUCCGGGCCUCAGCCCCCCUCCCUCCUCCCAGAAGGGACCCUGUGACUCACCUACCUCUUUCUCUCUCCCUGUCUCCCCCACCCCUCCCUCCCUCCAUUUCGAUCUCCUCUCUGCCC